AAUGUGUAUUUAAUUAAACUCAAUCAAUUUAGGAUAUGCAUCUAAUAAUAAUUUUUGGCUAAAAAAAAUAGAAAAAUGGUGAGGUGAGGAUCUAGGGAUCCCAAAUUCAAAAGCAUUUUCCGCUCUCUCGCCCAUUCUCUCGAGAAUGCGUUUUAACAUCUAAUUCAGCUUUUACAUUCACAAGCUCACUCGUUUUGGUCUCACAUGAGAAAGUAGAUUUUCCAUCUCACACAUAUGAUACCAAAUCACCGCUAGUCGGUUCGAUUCUCGAUAACCGUCAAGCUAUCACUUCGUCGCCGGAGCUUCGUUCGCCUUGCGACACUCGCAUUUCCAUGUUGCCAGCGCUCAAUUCGAUGAAAAAGUCUAGGGUUAGGGUUUUUUCUGAGGACGAUGCGAGAAUUGCAACCCUCACUUCCGCCGUUGACCGGUCCGACCUAAUCAACAACCACGCCGAAUCGCACGUGUCAGGUUCUGAGAGAGAUAGUGGAAUGGUGAGAAGUCUAGGACACGAUUUCGAAGACGGGGAUUUGGUUUGGGGAAAGGUGAAAUCGUAUCCGUGGUGGCCUGGAUUCAUAUACAAUGAGGCUUUUGCAUCAUCUUCAGCGCGGCUUUUGAAGAAGGAAGGGUUUGUGUUGGUGGCUUUCUUUGGUGAUAGCAGUUACGGUUGGUUUGAUCCAACUCAACUUAUCCCCUUUGAUGUGAAUUUUGAUGAGAAAUCGAAGCAGUUAAGCUCAAAAGCUUUCUCCAAUGCAGUGGAAGAUGCAGUUGAUGAAGCAAGUAGGAGAAGUGCUCUUGGCCUGAUGUGUAGAUGUAGGUAUCCUGAUAAUUUUGCUUCAACCAGUGUUGAAGGGUACUUUUCUGUUCAAGUGCCAGAUUAUGACUCUGGAGUCUAUUCUGAAGCUCAGAUCAGGAAGGCGAAAAAUGAUUUUAGACCUUCCGAAACACUUCGUUUCAUCAAGCUAUUGUCUGUUGCUCCACAUGGUGGCGAUGACAGAAGCUGUAACUUUGCUAAGAGUAAGGCCGUUGUUUUUGCUUUUCGACGAGCAGUGUUUGGGCUGCAUGAUGAGACUCAUGCUGAGGCUGUUGGAGCGGAACCAGUGCGUCAUUCUAAUCAUCAGGCUAGUUCUCUUGUUCAGCCUGUUGUUCAGAACCGGAAGGAGAAGACUGGUUUUGGACCCCCUGAAAUACUUGCUUUUAUGAAGCAAUUGGCCAUUGCUUGUCAUUGCAUCGAUCGCAAAAGCUGUAACUUUGUUAAGAAUAAGGCUGCUGCGCUUGCUCUUCGACAAUCAAUGUUUAAGAUGCAUAAAGAGACUAAUGUUGAGGCUGUUGGAGCGCAACCAUUGUGCCCUUCUAACCCUAAGGCUAAUCCGAUUGUUCAGCAAUUAAAUCAUCCUGCUAGUGACUAUGACCCUGGAAUCUAUUCCAAAGCUCAGACCAGGAAGGAAACAGUUGCUUUCAUCAAGCAGUUGGCCGUUGCUCCAUACGGCGGUGAUCAUCAAAGCUGUAGCUUCUCUAAGAACAAGGCUGCCGUGUUUGCUCUUCGACAGGCAGUGUUUAAGCUGCAUGAUGGGACUGGUGUCAAAGCUUUUGAAAAGCAGUUACUGCUCCCUUCUAUUUCCCAGGCUAAUCGGCUUGUUCAGCCUCUGCGAUAUUCUGCUAGCGGCGUUUCUUCGAAUCAUCCGGUGGCGGAGACAGAAACUUUGGGUGCCGAGAACACUUCAAAAUCUGUUAAGGCUAAGGACAAUGUCAUGAAGCAUAAGUAUCUAUUUAAGCAUCAAAAUGAAGCCAGUGACUCUUACCAAUUGGCUUUUGUGAAGGAAGAGAUGCCAGAUGCAGGUUCUGCAGAUUCAACUAUAAAAUCCAAAGUAGCUUCUAAAGAUCAGGUUCAAGUUCAACCAAAUGACAAUGGUUUUGUAUCAGAAGAAAUUACUUUAGAUUCAAAGCAUAAUCUUCAUGAGAAGGGAAAAGAUUCUUCAAAAGAAAAGACCAAGAGAACUGAACCUAUAGCUGUUGCUAAUAAAAGGCUUGUGGUUAUGGCAUUGCCUAGCUUAAUUGAUGAGACAUCUCGUUUUAUCCAUCUAGAUAGUAAAACUCGUCUUGAUGUUAAACAUGGUGGAAAUGCAAUACUAUCAAGGCCUCGUGAUGAACUUCUGAUUACAAUCGAUGAAUUAAAGAAUCGUAAAGUUAGUGUUGAUGGUGUGCCGAAGAAGAUAAAUGUUCAAAAGCGAUCUGCAGAUGAUUUGAAUUCCGAGACUUCUGCUGUUAUAAAAAAGAGAAAGAGUUCAAAUUUACAACCUACAUUAGACCAUGUAAAGAAGCCUUCAACUUCUGAAAAAUCUACACAUCCCUCAAACAAGGUGGAUCUUUCGGCCAGUAAGCAGCCGCGCAUGUGUAGAGAGCUUCUUCAUGAAUUGAAAACAAUUGCUUUAGAUCAUUUUCAUGGUAUUAAUGGAAGAACGCCUUCAUUUGUUAUCAAGUUCGUUUUGCGGUACAGAUCUCAUGUUUACCAGAAAAGUUUGGUUUUAUCGUCACCAUCAACAAAGAAUGCUGUGGAUGAAGUUCAUGCUACUAAUGAUCAUGCUAGUGCUUCACCGAUAGUUAAGCCUGUAGGACAGAUUAUUCAGGCUGAUGAUUCAAGCAAAGUUGCGCGAAAAAGGGCUCUCACUAACCCCGAAGAAGAAAUUGAUGCGAAAAGAUUGAAGAAAAUCAAGGAGUUAAAGGCACCGGAUGCAGAGAAGAAGCCAGCCACACUGGCUCCACCUGAGAUUGAUAAACCAAACUCGACCGGGGAAGUUAAGCAGCUAACUAAGCUGUUUGAACCGACUGAGCUGGCCAUCUAUUUUCCUCCUAUGGCACCUCUUCCAUCUAUUGCAGAGUUGAAGGCAAGGUUUGGUCGUUUUGGGCGUAUACACAAAUCAAGUCUCCGUGUCUUUUCAAAUUUGUCUGCUUGUCGAGUUGUUUUCAUGCAUAAGGACAAUGCAGAAGCAGCAUAUAAAUUUUCUGUAGCAAAUCAAUCCUUAUUUGGAAUUGCUGGUGUGAGGUAUUUCCUCAGGGAAUUGGAACUUUCGUCGCAUAAUAUCUCUGAAGUUGCUAAGGCUAGUGAAGAUAUUGAUCAUGCCAUUGAAACAAAGCACAUUAAGGAUCCUGCACAGCAACCUCUUUCAGAGCCAAUAAACCAGCUCAAAUCCAUCCUGAAGAAAUCUACCGGUAAUAAGUUAGGCCGGGGAACUGGUAAACUGAGCAAUAGUAAAGAGACUCAACGUGUAAAAUUCACGUUAGCUGGCGAAGAAACUACUAAGGGAGAGCAACUAGUCGAUGGUUCACAUCCUAGUGUUGCUAUGGAUUUUAACACUAAAAACGUUCAAAAGGUCAAUUCUCAACUAUCUUCGGCUUUGCCUAUUCAAAAGGUCAAUUUUCAACCUUCUUUGGCUGAAAAUACACCACAUUAUUUGCAUAAUUCUGAUGUUGCAUCGGGAAAUACUACCGAUUUUAUAAACACGGAUGUGUCUGCUACCACAACUAUCGUUGAUAUAUCAAAGAAAAUGAUGUACCUUUUGACAAGGUGCCAUGAUCUUGUGACCAACUUGAAGGAUUUAGGCCAGGUGCCCUACCGUCCACUUUGACGAAAUGUGGCGACGAGGUUGAUUGUGAAGAAGUUUGGAUUUGUGAUGUGUAAAUGUACUCUGUAUUGAAAAUGAGAUCUUAUUACAAAUGAUUUUCCAUGAUUGAACUUUACUACCUCUCAUGUUCUUUUUCAUGGAAAUAGAUUCAAAAUAUUAAUAUGAA